AUGACCCGGCCAGAUACCUUGGCAAGGGAGAUUUCACCUCCUCCGUUAAGAAAGAACUCUACAGCAAUCGACAGCCGUCAUCUCCCUGAGGAACAUAGUCGUACUGGUUCUGGGGAUCCUAGUUUGGCCGCUGUCGAGGCUGGAGAAGUUAAUAUCAGAGACCACCUGGAUUACUUCGUGAAUCAUCUCUCAGCGGCCUCGAGACCAACCAACGGCCCGCGAAUCAGCUUUGACGACUUUGGAGACCUAUACAAACGGAAUCAGCAUGCGCGAGGGCAUCAUUUCGUUGUGCAUCAACACGACCAUCCCAUCUCAGGUACAGCUAGGCCGUCUCUCAAGAGUCUGUCACGUAAGCUAAUGCAGGUAAGGUGUGCACUAUGACUUGAGACUACAGUUCUCCGAGACAAGCUCUAUCAGCUUUGCUGUGCCAUACGGCCUGCCUGGCAACCCUAAUUCAAUCAGACCGAACAGGAUGGCUAUCGAGACCAGAGUUCAUAACCUCUGGAACCAUCUGAUUGAAUCGGCCUCGCACGCAACUGGCUCGCUACUCAUUUGGGACAUUGGCGAAUAUGAAGUUAUGUCACGACAGCAGAAACGCGAGGAGAUGACCGACGACGAACUCUCGGACGUCGACAUUGACCAAGAACAAAGUACAAUCUCUGAAAGCGGUAAGCUGUUUAAGGCGUUCCAAUCUCGGCACAUUCGUCUGCGCCUGCACGGUACCAAGUUGCCUCAAGACUAUACAAUUGCCCUGAGGCUGCCCUCUGCUAAUAACAGAGCCGCACAACCUGAGAGGCCGAGCCGUAAGCGGAGGCGUGUAGAUCCGACAAAGGCUGCGAAGAGAUCGGCAAGCCUCAUCAACAGCGACUCGGAAGAGGCAGAAGAUGUUAGCACGUCAAUUGGAGAGACUGAAUACGCUGGAACCGAGGGAGGCGACCUUGCUACAGGAAUUGCUUCUGAAGACGAAGAAGAUGCGACAAUCCGCGCCAACAAUGCGUAUCCUGGUUCAUCAAACACCAUCGGCUCGAUACAUCAGCGACAUUGGUUUCUAACGCUCGAUCGGGCAUACUCGGGGUUCCACAAAGUGCGUGCAGGAUCUGAUGCUGGCUGCUGGGUGGGCAACUGGGAGGCCUUCUACGUUCAAGGACGAGACCACGAGCGCAGCGUCGUAACGGGUCGCACAGCAGACGACAUCAUGGCCGACGAAGCAGUCGAGAAAUUCGUCGGGAGAAAGAUGUGGCGGCCCAUCACAGAGUGA